GUUAUAUUGGUCUACGUUACACAAUAUUCACAAGCUAGUUUAAAGACAGUUAUGUGUUGUGGUAAGUGAAGAGUAGAUGUCUUAGAGAAGAAAAUAACUCAAACGAAAGUUAUUAAAUUAUAGUGUGAAAGUGUGAAUAAGUUUCAGAGAUAUGGCGGAUAAAACAACAUACUGUCGCAUGUUAGGCCACGUGCUCACUAUAGCGAUGCAUGUGGGUAACAUAGUGUACAUGAACCGAGGGUUCAGUCCCGAGGUGCUGCAAGACCCUCAGCUGAAAGCGUUCGGAAAACUGCAACCGAGAUACUUCACUGUUUGGACUUUUGUCCUGCAAAUAAUCAAUGCGUGUACUGGUCUUGUUUGCGACUAUCUGGUAAUAUCAAACUCGGAGAAUAAACUGUACAAGUUGCCCAAACACCUCAGAGGGUUCAAAAACACCUUGUUCUCUGCGAUACUGUGGCCUUCAACUUGGGUUGUAUGCUCAAUAUUCUGGGGCCUGUACCUAUACGACCGAAGCCUGAUUUUCCCAGAGUUUAUCGACAAAGCACUGACAACAACAUCCAAUCAUAUAAUGCACACUGCUAUCAUUUUCGUUGUGUUGUGGGAGGUAUACUUCACGCCUAGAGUCGAACCUAGGUCUCACAGACGGAACAUAUUACAUAUAUUAACUCAUUUGCUGUUGUACUUAGCAGUAUUAUUUUACACUCACAUGCAACAUGGCGUAUGGCUGUAUCCCAUAUUUUCUUUGGUCUACGGCACCAUAUACUUCCCACUGAUCAACAUAGCAAUUGGAGUUAUAGCUCUAACAUUUUAUUACCUGCAGUGGACCAUAAUCAAUUAUCUAUGGUCAGAUUCGGCAAAGACAAAGAAGAUUACAUAGUAAAUUGAUAGUUAUGAAACAAUUG